ACGAUUACCGUACAUGUACUUUCCUUCCCAGAAAACGCUAAAAUCGAAUAAAAAGUUAAUUCAGUGACUGCAAUAUUUUGUUAUAUAUAUCGUCGAUACAUCGUGGUAGGCUAAAUUUGUAGUGAUAGGCUUUUCAAUUCCACAGCUUGAAACUCGUUAUCCUAAAUUUUGACAAUGCUGUUCUCACGAUCACGGGAACCGGUAAAUUUUUUUUUAUUUUUAUUUUUGUAUGUAUAGAUCUACAUAUAUAAUGUAUAAUAGGAGUCUAUUUUCACUAGGGGUGAUAUAAUAUAAUAGGCUUUAUUAUCAAUUACAGAAAUUUACUAAGUCUGGUUUCUGCGUUGAUCUGGUACUAGGUGUACACGCAAUAUCCCUCUGUCACUGCGUUCAGGAAGACACGUUGUAUGCAUGUGAUCCUUACAUGGUGAACUGUCUCACUGUCUGUAUCCGUGUGCAUAUCUUACGUGUUUUAAGUGGCACAAAUAAGAAUGAUGUAUUUUUCAGAUGUAACCAGUGACAGUUUUAUACAGAACCAUGAUCUUUCAGACAUCUUGUGGCAGCUUUGUAAGUAAGAGUUCGUUACUGGACAUUUUGCUUCAAAAUUCGAUAAAAUGAUGUCAGAUUGAUGGUAUUUGGCAUUGGGAAUGGUACCAUUUAUCAGUACCAGUUAUAUAAGAAGAAGAAAAAAACACUGAGCACCCAUGGGUAUAACCAGCAAUGCACUAGAUUUUUUAUUUAGAUGUAGUACGGAAAACCACCAAGAUAUUCCAAGGAAAAAUGAAAUAGAUGAGAAUCCACCCAACAAAGGAAAGGCAUUGAUCUCUGCAUUUGACAAACUUCCACUUCAAGUGAACAUUCUAGUCUUUGAUUCUUCACCUUUCCAGUUUAAUAAAAUCUAUGAAUUAUGCCCUCAAGAAAACAGGAAAUGGACAAAUCUUGAACCAGAGGAAAUUUUGCGGCUUUUAGAAAACUCUAUAACAAAAGAAUCCAAAAAUAAAUGCAUGAUAGCAUUCUUUAAUUUGACAAAAGUGACUAGAUCUCCGCAAGAAGUUUUAAAAAUCCUCAAAACAUAUUCCUCGUCGUACAUUUCCAUCCAAAGGCGAAAAUUGGAUGCAUAUUUGAAACCAUUUGGGAAACUUCAAGUGACUCACAUUAAAAUUGAUGUGGGGCAAAAUAAUGGUAAUAUAACGAAAACUGGCCAUGGAAGUUCUAGUCAAGUUAAUUCCCUCCCUACUCCAACAGAAAAAUUGUCAGAGGUCAAUAUCUAUUCCCUAGAAAAAUAUUGCACAGAUGCAUUAGAAUCUGAGAAAUGUUCAGACAAAAAGGACUCAGAAACAAAAAGUGAAGAUUUAUCUACAACAGAUUUAGAUGCAUUUCAACACGAUGAGGAAAUCUCUUGUUCAGACAAAAAGGACUCUGAAACAAAAAGGAAUGAUAUAUCUAUAACAUAUGUAGAUGCACUUGAUGAUGAGGAAAGCUGGCCUAUGAAAUCAAUAUACAAAGUAUCUCGACACACAAUUCCUCCCAUUAACAGACCGCCUGUAUUUUGUCUAAAGGAGAGCAAAAGACUUUUGAAUGGUGAACUAGGUAUACAGUUCACUAAUGAUGAUGUAGUGUUACCAUUUCUUGCUAAAGCUGUGACAGUCCUACAAGAGAAACAUCGCGUUCAAUCGAAAGUGCUACCAAAUCACGUCCUUAAGCCAGUGGAUGAAGACGAUAUAGCAUACGAACAUUUGCCACUAUAUAAACAUUUUGGUGUACCUCCACUCCUGUCCAUUACGUAUCCUUUUUAUCGGAACGUUGAUGGUAAUAUGGAAAAUAACUUCAAUCGCCUAGCUUCGUUUAAAGAUUGGCCUUUAACUUCACCUGUGUCUGCUCUGCGUUUAGUGGACUCGGGAUUUUAUCUUGAUGUGCAGCUGUCUUCAGUGGCAUGCUAUGCCUGUCAGCUUCACAUCGAAAUUCCAGAAUUGGGUCACCAUCUUGGAGGUGAUUCUGUUCUGAACAUGCAUUUAAGAUUGUCAGAGAAUUGUCUGCAUGCUCGCCAACAGAAACGAGACAAAGAGAGUACAGGAAGUUAUGUAUUUCCAUUCUACAAACCGAAAAGCGAAACAAAUUUUGGAAUCUUAAGUUCGCAUUCUCCUAGUGCCGUACAGAGGGAUUGUAAAAACCCACUACCUGAGAUAAAUUCUCUAAAUAUAAAUGAAAAAAAUGUGUCCAGCAUUUUCAAUUCAUACCAAGGUCCACCUAGUGAAAACUUUAGUGCCAGACAGCCAGAAAAGAUUACUACUAUAGAGAGGGAUUUCCUUCCUUCAGCUCACAAAAUGCCUUCCACAGAAAGGAGCCUUCCUCAUCCAUCAAACAAAACCGACAUCGCAAAGGACCUCCUUCAUCCAACAAACAAAAUAGACAUCGCAAAGGACCUCCUUCAUCCGACAAACAAAAUAGACAUCGCAAAGGACCUCCUUCAUCCGACAAACAAAAUACCCUCCCUAGAAAGGAACCGCUUCCAGCCAACAGACGGUGAAACAACUUCCGUAAAAUGUGAGAGUGGAUACCAAUCACAGGAGAGUUCCUCAAAUACAAUGGAAAGCCUAUCAAAUCCAAAAAACUUUCCCGUUCAGACGGAGAAUGCAGAUUCAUUAAGCUACAUGACUAUGUUCGGUGAAUCAAAUCUUCAGCCCCACUCACUGUUUGGGGAAAACAUCAGCACAGCCCCUGCAAUAGAAGAAAUGGAAAGCUCACCAUCGACAGGAAUAUUCGUCAGUGAAGUCAAGGAAAUGAGGGACUUCAACGAAGCAUCGUUAGGUGAUGUAACUACUGCUGAGGAAGAUCAGUCCUACUCUAUCAGGCAUCCGGAUUACAAAACUGUCGACUCCAGACUGAAGACGUUCUCAUUUUGGCCCCACAAUGACAAACAGGAUAAAAAAGUUUUGGUGCUAUGUGGAUUUUUUUUCACUGGCCAACAGGACAUUGUCCGAUGCUUUUCCUGUGACAUUGGCCUGGCGGAAUGGGAUGAAACAGAUGACCCAUGGUCAGAACAUGCCAGACACUCACCUCACUGUAAAUAUCUGAAGAAGAUGAAAGGACAGGAUUUCAUUAAUCGUGUACAACAAGAAUGGAGGAAGAUAUACAAUCCUAAAACGCCACUGAUGCAAGAUUUCAACAGACGACUAGAGUCCUUUAAGACAGACAGAUGGCCACUCUCCAUAAUACAGACUCCUAAACAAAUAGCUGAGGCGGGUUUCUACUUCACAGGUGAGGAGGAUGCAGUUCGCUGCCAUUAUUGUGAUGGAGGUUUACGAGAAUGGGAACCAGGUGAUGAUCCAUGGACAGAGCAUGCGCGCUGGUUUCCUUUCUGUAAAUUUGUAAUGAAGAUCAAAGGCAUACAGUUCAUUGAUGAAAUUCAGCAGAGAUAUGAGAUGGGAGCUGGUCCGAUGGACUCCAUGCCUCAGUCAGGAUCCAACACAGCAGGUGUGUCAGAUUCUAACAAAGAUGAGAAUGACCCACUGUGCUCCCCAGCAGCACAAAGUGUGAUAAGUAUGGGUUUCUCCAAAGGCCAGGUCCAGCAUGUCAUCGAUAAAUUUGUAGCAGAGAAGGGGCACAGUAGAUUUGAUGCCAGCGAACUUCUGGCUAUUUUGUUAGAAAUGGAGGAUAAAGGGGAAACCUUUCCACCAGGAACGACAGCCAAGCCAGUCUCCAAAAGUCCAUCUCCAGCACAAGUAAUAGCAACAGAAGCCUCAGAAAGUGAACAAGAACUAGAUCCAGAAUUGAUUGAAGAAGAAAAUGAGAGGUUGAAGAAACAGUUGCUGUGUGUUAAAUGUGAGAAGAUGGAGCGAGUGAUUGUCUUCACGCCCUGCGGCCACAGGCUGGUCUGUAAGGCAUGCUCUGAACCCAUGAAAAAAUGCAUCAAAUGCAAGAAAAAAAUUCAGAAGAAAGUCAAAACAUUCUUAUGCUAACCCAAGUUGAGGCUAUCCCCUGCUGGAAAUAUCCUUUGUGAUGCAUGUUUAGUAGAUGUGUGAUUUAAACAUUGCACAAUUAUACUUGUUUUGUCAUAAAUGAUAUUUUUUGCAUGGGAUAGCCUUUAAAGGUCUUUUACAUUCUGAGUUGAGAGAGCUCCGAUAUAUCGUCUCAGUCUACACACCCCCUAUCAUCAGUAGGCUGGGAGCAGCUUAUAGCCACGAGAAAGAUGAUUCACUGUAGAAUGUGUUUGCGAAGAAAGUUUUAUUCUUGUAAUAAACAAAGUAAGUUGUGUGAGGAUACCGAGAAAGAAAUUGACGAUGUGAACACGAGGUUUAGAGGCUCACAGUACAGAACACUGAACUGUUGAUCUUAGAUGUGAAGAAUGUAGGAUGAUUGACUGAAAUUUGGUCACGAGGGAACGAAGAUUGUCGAGCAAUGUCAUAACGAAGAUUGUCGAGCAAUGUCAUAACGAAGAUUGUCAUUCAAUGUCAGUAAAAAUCAGACAAAUAUCAAAAAUCUAUUUGAUAAUUCAUUUACAUGAUGAACCCUAAAAAUUUCUGCCGACCCCAACACAUUUUUUCCAUUCUCACAGAUUUUGCAAAUAUCAUCACUACAACAAGAGUAUAUUUAUUGACUUAUUAAGUUAUCUAUUAUGUACUAAUACUAGACAGAUUCCAAAACACAGUUAAACAGUUUUUGUUUACAGUACAGUGAAAGAAAUGUUUUGAUUCAUCUUAUAACAUAUAUUUGAUUUCUAGAUUAUCACAAUAUUUUAUGCAUAGUAGUAAACUAGAUCAUUAAAAAAUAAUUCAACCUAAUAAAAUCGAGGGGGAAAUACACUACCUACCUCCCAACCCUUAAAAAUUUUGAGGUGAAAGUGGAAACGAACAUAUAUAUUUUUUUGGCCUUAAGUUAGACUUGUGUCUUUAAUAGUGAUUUGGGAACACUUGUAUACUGGUACAUUUCACUAUCGAUAUUGGAUAGUUUUGGAGACAGAAAAUUCUGUGUGACUUUGAAAUAAAAAUUUAAAUAAAGAUAAAAAGAAAGCAAAAUAAUUAAAAUGUAAAAUAGAAAUAUUGCUUGUGAUAGAUAUAUCCAUUAGGUAGUGGUAAUCUAGGUUAGAAAAUUUUUUAUACAUCUAUGUGUACAUUGGAUUCUCAUCCAUAGAUAUGAAUUCUUUCCUGUACUUUGAUUUUUGUUUUAAUUAAUAGUGUUGGCUCUUUGAUUUACAUAAUCAUUCAUUAAUAUAUAUAUGUAUAUUAUUUUUAAUUUUUUUCUUUAAACUUUGACCUUGAUCAAUAGUAUUAGUCUAUUCAAUCUUAUAAAUAUUGUAUUAUGAGAAGCUGUUCAAUGUGCUGGAUGAAUGAAGCACAUGUAUUAUGAUAGUCGGUAGAAGCUGUUCAGUGUGCAGGAUAAAUGAGGCACAUUCAACAUGAAUAACCAAGUGUAUACAAAUUGUGUCACUAUAUAGAAUUAGUAUUGUGUCAUUCUGUUACAUUUUAUAUGUAGAUAAUCAUGAAAUUCAACUUUUAUGGUAUGUGCUGUACCGGUAUAGUGUUGGGGUGGAUGGCUCAAUUAAAAUGUGUUUUGAAGAUCAUUAGAUGUUAUGUUAAAUGAAUGUAUUGAUAUGAUCUACUUUGCAAUUUGAUAUAUGUAUUAUAUGUGUACUCAUUAUAUGUGUUGAAGUCGGUCAAUCUGUGAUAAUACUAAAGUCAAAAUUGAGAGAGAAAAACGAUUUUCCUGGAAAAGAACAAGUUUGUUCCACUCACCUGUAUUUUAUUUUAUCCUUUUUAAUUGUGUGUUCUGUUCAUGUUGAGUUUUAUUUUUCAUUGCUUAGUAUAUCAGGGAAUUGAAAUAAAGGCUGCUUGAAUUUU